CAUGACCUAAGCGAAAGUCGGACGCCCAACCAACUAAGCCACCCAGGCGCCCCCAGAGGGAAAGUUUUAACACCAGGUUUGGAUGGGUCCGGCUCAUAAAACAGGUUACCUCUGACUUUUGAAGAUGUUGCCAUUUAUUUCUCUGAGCAAGAAUGGAAGAGUCUGGAGGCGUGGCAGAAGGAGCUUUACAAGCAUGUAAUGAGAACCAAUUAUGAGAUUCUUGUUUCUCUAGAUGAUGGACUUUCCAAACCAGAACUAAUAUCAUGGAUUGAACAGGGGAGAGAUUUCUUCAAGAACUGGGGAGAAUCACAGAAAUCAGGAAACAUAAUUUGCUCUUCAACUGAUCUGCAUUUUGAUCCGGUUGUUGAGGGACAUCUGUUUUGGCGAAGCCAGCAAGCUGUGAAUUCAGAAGCUAAAUGCCGGUUCCAAGGAGAUGCCCUACACGGCCAGUGCUCCUCUGAACCGUCACUAGGAGAAAGGGCUGGUGCUUCCCUCAGGCCUGCUGGGAGCAUCGCCCUCAUGAACCCACACGGACAUGACACCCAGGCUCCAAUUCCGGUAGUCCGCAGCUGCAGGGAACCUACCCAGAGAGAAGGCACCCCAAGUCCCAGAACUCUGGGUCCCCCUGCCUUCCAGGAGGUCCCCUCUUGGGAGGGCACCCAACACCCUCGCGCUGUCUGUGAGGAAAGCUUUUGGAAGAAGAACCACUUAGAGAAGCACCAGAGGAGCCACUUGAGGGACCAGCCGUGUAGGCCCUGGAAGAAAUUAAGCAAACAGGCUGAUCCACAGCAACAGCGGAGCAUCGCUCAGGGCCAGAGGCGCUUCGGGUGUCACGACUGUGGGCGGAGCUUCCACCGGAAGCGGUAUUUGCUCAGGCAUCUGGCUGUACACGCGGGGACGAGCGCCCUGCAGGGCCCUGAAUGUAAACUGUGCGGCCCGCACAGGCCGACCCUUCUCGGCCACUGCCUCCGGCACAGAGGGGAGAGGCCUUCCCAGUGCCCCGGAUGUGACCAGCACGCUCUUCCGAAGGACAGCCUGCCGGCUCACCAGGGCCAGCCCAGCACGGGGAGGCUGGGCUCCUGUGGAGAAGGCGACGGCUUCUUCGCAGGGCGGGGCAGCGUGGGCUCAGGAGGGAAGCCGGGGCCGUGGCCGGGGGCCGUGGCUGCUGUCCAGCACUGCCCUGCCGGGGAGAGGCCCUUCUCCUGCCCCGAGUGUGGGGAGCGCUUCGCCUCGGGGCCCGAGCUCGCGAGCCACGUCCGGGUGCACGCGGGAGAGCAGCCCUUCCGCUGCUCGGAGUGCGGCGAGAGCUUCCGCCUGAGCGGCCUGCUGGAGCUCCACCAGCGCGCGCACGGCGGCGGCGGCAGGCCCUUCUCCUGCGCCAAGUGCGGCAAGGGCUUCGCCAAGCGGUGCAAGCUCGCGGAACACGCCCGGGUGCACAGCGGGGAGAGGCCCUUCCGCUGCGCCCACUGCGGCCGGAGCUUCCGCCAGAGGGGACAGCUGCUGAGGCACCAGCGCCUGCACACGGACGAGAAGCCCUUCCGGUGCCCGGAGUGCGGGCUGAGCUUCCGCCUGCCGAGCAUGCUCAGAGCGCACCGGCUGCGGCACGGCGGCGACCGGCCGUUCUCCUGCGGCGAGUGCGGCCGCGCCUUCGCGCACCGCUGCAAGCUCCGCGAGCACCAGAGAGUGCACAGCGGCGAGCGGCCCUUCCGCUGCGCCGAGUGCGGCAAGAGCUUCCGCCUCAAGGGCGUCCUGAAGGCCCACCAGCGCACCCACAGCAAGGAGCGGCCCUUCUCGUGCGCCGAGUGUGGCAAGGGCUUCACGCGGCAGUCCAAGCUCGCCGAGCACUUCCGCGUGCACAGCGGCGAGCGGCCCUUCCGCUGCGCCAGCUGCGACCGGAGUUUCCGCCUCAAGGGGCAGCUGCUCAGUCACCAGCGCCUGCACACGGGCGAGAGGCCCUUCCAGUGCCCCGAGUGCGGCAAGAGCUACCGCGUCAAGGCCGACAUGAAGGCCCACCGGCUGCUGCACGGCGGCCAGAUGCCCUUCUCCUGCGAGUGCGGCAAAGGCUUCGCCAAGCAGUCCAAGCUCGUCGAACACGUCCGGACGCACACGGGGGAGAAGCCCUUCCAGUGUCCCAAGUGCGACAAGCGUUUCCGCCUGAAGGCGCAGCUGCUCAGCCACCAAGGCCUGCACACAGGGGAGAGGCCCUUCCGCUGUCCCGAGUGUGAUAAGAACUUCCGGGAGAAGGGACACAUGCUGAGGCACCAGCGCAUACACAGGCCCGAGAGGCCAUUUGCCUGUGGCGACUGUGGCAAGGGCUUCAUUUAUAAGUCGAAACUGGCCGAACACCUCCGAGUGCACGCCAAGGCCUACCGCGCCCCGAGCGAGCCUGACGUUAAGAAGAGGCUCAGCCAGCUGUUUGCAAUGAUCGAGGCUGACUGGAGUUGAGUCCGGGUAAGGGCGUCCAGAGUCUUCAGCAGACGACGUUGCCUGGGGAUCCGCAGCUGCCACAGCGGAACCCGCGGGGAGACAGGUUUUAGGAACAGGGGCCCUUUUUUGAGCAAGAAUGUAGCCCAAGUUAGGAGUAUGAGAAGCCACAAAGGAUUUUGUCGAUUAAAACACUGCCAGUUAAAGGCACCUGGGUGGCCCAAGUCAGUUGAGCAUCCAAUUCCAGAUUUUGGCUCAGGUC